AUGGCUGCGAUGGAGCAAAGAAGUGGGAGCCCGGGGAGCCCCGAGCGGCGUUUACGGCCCGUCCGAAGGAAGACCCGUGAGGAGGUGAAACGUGGUUUGGCAGACCCAAGCUGGGUACACCAAGAACAAGAGGUGGUCAUGGCGGACGUGGAAGGUGAGCAUGCUGAGGCAGAAUUGGUCAGAGGGUUUUUUUUUGGCGAAGGUGGCUUGAACUCCCAGCAGUGGGGUAUAGUCAGCAUCAGACGCGUUCAGAACCAACCGCUUCGAGAAGCUUACUGCAUUGAGAAGCAACUCAUGCUACGGGAACGUGGGGAAGAUCAAGUAAACGAACAGCUCCUGCUACAUGGCACCCGAACAUUCGACCCUGUUGCCAUCAUCGAAGAUAGAGAUGGCUUUAUGGUCGAGAAAGGCUCCGAGCGAGCCUUCUAUGGCCAGGGCUGCUAUUUUGCAGAGCUUGCGCAGUACUCGCACUUGUACAGCUAUGCCUCGAAUGGAAACCACCAACUUCUACUUGCCGAUGUCCUGUGUGGCAGUGUGUACGAGAUGGGAGAUGAGUUGGAUCGUGCUGGAGUGAAGUGCAAUCGAGCUUGGUUGCGAAGCAAUGGUUAUGACAGUGUUGCCGGUGGACCGCAUACGCCUUUGCAGCGUGGUCCCGGCACAAACCAAUCACGACUCCACGUGGUUUACCGUGCCAACCAGACCUAUCCUCGUUUUCUAGUGACAUACAAGUCCAUUUGCCCACGGGCUUUGCUUUCAGUUCGUGUGCCAUGCCGAAAAAAAACGAACCCGAAGAGCGCAGUGACGCCACGGACAACGCCACGGACGCCUGUGCAGCGCUUUGCCCCCACCGAUGUCAAGGUCAGCCAUCAUGAGCAGAUCCUGGCUGUGACCUGGGUGGACGAUUCGCUAUGUUUGGCAACAGCUUCUGCAGUGCACUUGGACUGCCAGGGGAAUGCCGUUCGUGUUGAUCUACCGAACCCGGCUCAGAAUGCAGCGUGGAGUGCUGCCGGGCUACUGGCAGUGGUGCAAAAAAAUCGCAGGCUGCUUUUGGUGAAUGACGCCAAAGAUAUGCCCAAAGUUUCUACUGAGCAUCCGGCGCUGAUUCAAUCACUUUGCUGGUGCGGUGAGGACCAGCUAGCGACGGGCUCCAAAGAUGGCAAGGUUCGCGUCUUCACAGUAGACGGCAGCUUCAAAGAUAGCCAGCGCAGCUAUGCCCACAGCUCUCCCGUUCUUUCGAUGGCUUGGUGUCAAGAUGUGCUUGCUGUUGGCGGCUCUGAUGGAAAGCUUUGUCUCCUGUCAAGCAGCUUGACUCCGGAGCGCACUUUGGACUUCGGGAAUUGGCUGACAUCGCUUGCGUGGAGUGCAAAUGGGGAGAGGCUUGCAGCAGGUUGCGAUGAUGGCAAGGUACACAUUCUGCGAUCAGGCACUGAAGAGCGUGCAGUUGUACAUGAGGACCGAGUGUGCUCUCUGAUGUUUCACCCGGAGUUGGGUCAUAUCGUUGCCAGCGGUGCAAUUAACGGGAAGAUCCGCAUUGUGAACACCAUGGGCGGUUCGGCCGAGUGUAUCGCGCGCGGUGAAGAGAUGGUCACAAGCGCCACAUGGAACACCACAGGCCGCAAUUCUCGCUUCGGUUCCGAGUGCAGCCAGGAGAGCCUCACCAUGGAGAAGCAGUGUGUUGCUGGCCAAGGGCAAUCUGAAGAGGCUUUCACAGGUGCUUCUUCGGUCCUCUUGGCGGUGCUGAACGAAAUGGCCAAAGAGAUGAAGGAACGGGGUCUCUACCGACAGACGACUGUGUGA